CCCGCCUCCCUGCGCAGCGCGAACAUGGCGGCGGCGGCGGCGGCGAGGGACUGAGGGAUCGAGGGACUGAGGGACUGAGCAGCGCCAGCGCUCGGCGGCCGCGCAGGUUUUGCUAUGCCGCAGUGUUUGUACUGACUCUGCUGUUAUGGAGGAGUGAUGGGGAACUAGAGCCCAUGACAGUUCAGUGGAGCCCUUGACACUUUUGAUAUCUCGACACCUUCAGUUCUCUAAGAGCAAGCCAGUCCCGGGGUCAGGACAGCAGCAGGUGGUAGAAUGCGGAAACCAGGCCCUCAGAAAGCCAUAGACUGGAAAGAUGGUAAGAAGCACAAGUACAGCCGCCCGUCAGAGUCUCCGUCCCAGUACCAAGGUCACUUCACCUGGGAGAAAUACCUGAAAGAGACAUGUGCCAUCCCAGCUCCUGCCCAUUGCUUCAAGCAGUCAUACACUCCUCCUGCCAACGAGUUCAAGAUCAGUAUGAAGCUGGAGGCCCAGGACCCCCGGAACACCACGUCCACGUGCAUCGCCACCGUGGUGGGGCUGACGGGCGCGCGCCUGCGCCUGCGCCUCGACGGCAGCGACAACAAGAACGACUUCUGGCGCCUGGUGGACUCUGCCGAGAUCCAGCCCAUUGGCAACUGUGAGAAGAAUGGAGGGAUGCUGCAGCCUCCCCUGGGCUUCCGGCUGAAUGCCUCCUCCUGGCCCAUGUUCCUUCUGAAGACUCUGAAUGGAGCAGAGAUGGCUCCUGUCCGGAUUUUUCACAAGGAACCACCAUCUCCAUCCCAAAACUUCUUCAAGACAGGUAUGAAGCUGGAGGCAGUGGACAGGAAGAACCCUCACUUCAUCUGCCCGGCCACCAUUGGGGAGGUGAGAGGUUCUGAGGUCCUCAUAACAUUUGAUGGCUGGAGAGGUGCCUUCGAUUACUGGUGCCGAUAUGAUUCCCGGGACAUCUUUCCUGUAGGCUGGUGCUCGCUGACUGGAGAUAAUCUGCAGCCCCCUGGUACAAAAGACAGAAGCAGUUCGUUAGACGGCUCUCUGCAGGGACCAGGCCGGGGUACAAAGCGCUAUUCCCAAGAUUCCCCUCCAUACACUGCUCCUCUCUCCCCCAAGUUACCAAAGAAUGACCGUCACCCUUUGGAAGGUGAAACCUUUGUCCUGGGAGAUGGCCUCCCAGGGCCCUUGGAGCCUCGCCUGGACCCUAUGGACUCUGCCUUGAACUCUGUCAAUUCCUCCAGCCACAGCAGGAGCUCCAGAGACUGUCGCCUGCCAGGAUACAGGCACCUGCACCAACCCUCGAGCCUCAGCCAGGGCACCUCUGCCCUACGCAGGCCUAGCUCUGGGGGCUCCGACAGGUACCUGGGCCCCCGGGACGUGUCCCGGCUGAGCGGCCGCGACCCCUCAUCCUGGUCGGUGGAGGAGGUGAUGCAGUUCAUCCGCGAGUCCGACCCGCAGCUGGGCCCCCACGCCGACCUCUUCCGAAAGCACGAGAUCGACGGGAAGGCCCUGCUCCUGCUGCGGAGCGACAUGAUGAUGAAGUACAUGGGGCUGAAGCUGGGGCCAGCCCUGAAGCUCACUUACCACAUCGACAAGCUAAAGCAAGGCAAGUUCUGAGAGGACAUUGGCAGGACAGAUCCUGGAAGCUCCGCUCCUGGCCACCCCCACCCGCGCUCACCUGCCGACAGGUUCGCAUGCACACACCCCAUUUACACCGCAGACAGACAGACAGAGAGACGGACACCUCGCCGACAGCCCGGCCCUCCCCGGGUCCCGCUGCCCCCGCUCCCAGCAGGAGGAGUCCGGCACAGUUGGGCUUCACGCCAGACUCGAGCCAUGGGCGCCCUGUUGGAAGCAGAGGGUCUCUCCCAGCACUCCUCCGUGGGCUCCCGGUCCUGCUUCCCCGGGAUGGAGCAGCAGCUCUGGGCAGUGUCUGUGGGGACUGGGCACUGGCACCACCUCCUCCCUCUCGCCUGCUUGGGGCAGACACUGGGGGGGCUGCAGCGGAGCCGUGCCCCGACUGUGCCCUGCGGCAGCACGGUGAGCUCGGAGCAUCCACCGCCUCAGCCCCUUCUGCCACACCGGGGGGAGCCCCGGGGCCACUCACCCCCCUCAGCUCUGCCUGCCCCUGGCUUCAGACCCGGCUCCAGCUGGGCACACCAGGCCAGGGAUGAAAGCUUCCAUAUUUAUUCCAGACUGGAAAGGCCACACGGCACUGGCUGGGAGCUUGGAGUGCGCUGGGAGAGCCGAGGAGCGGGGCUGGGUGCCCUUGACACGUGUUGGAGGCUGCCUGGAUGCUGCAGGACUCGGCUGAUACUUCUCGCCUUUUUUUUUUUUUAAUUUUCUCUUUGGGAAUUUUUUUUUUACUAAGGAGUUGUGUGUUUAAAACGAUGAGAUGAUUUUCUACCUAUGUUGAACUUGCAACUCUUGGUGAUUUUUAGCCAGAGCUGCCAAGGUUUGUCUUCCCAGGGGCACUUCCGCUCCUCCCAGAGUUUUGGUCCGUCCCAGCUCAGCGUGUGAGAGGGUGUUGGGUCUGCCCAGAGGAUCCCGGGGUGGUGACCCGUCCGGAUGUUGCUCUUCCUGUGAGGGCUUUGUCCUACCCGGUGCCCCUGUUGGUCUCAGGCAGUUUAAUGUAUUUAUUUUUGAUGGCACUUGAGCGGUUCCCGCGGUCCCAGACACGUUCCUGCAGCUGCACGAGGAGUGUGGAGGCCACCGGCUGUGCCAGCGCCGUGUCCCCGGGGCAGCAGUGCCAGCUCGGGGCUGCCUGCGGGGCAGGGGCUGCCCAGACCCCCAAGUCAGGGCAGGGCUGGUGGGGCAGGCGGGGCUGACCCCAUUGUGUCCCCACACACCCCCAGCACGGACCCGCCCGUGCUCACGCUCCCCUGCAGUGACCAAAGGGCUGGGACGUGAUCUCCACUCCAAGCACUUCCUCCUCCUGCCCUCAGCUCACCCUCUGCAUCCAGAGCCGCGGCUCAGCCCCCCCGCCACCUCGAGGGCCCUGGCCAGCAGCAGGAUGGGCCCCCGCGGUGACCAACCCUCCAGGCUCUUGCACUGGGUCAGGUUUACCCCUAAGGGGCAAAGUUGCAAAAAAAAAAAAAAUACCCCAACGUCCAAAGUAAUGAGAAGGCAAAAGGCUUUUUGUCACAGAGCGUAGCCCGUGCUGGGCCUGGGACACCCCUUGGUGUGACCCGCGCUGGUCCCGCUGCACCCAGGGCCUGGCAGGGUCAGCCAGUGCUUUCCUCUGCACUUAUUUUACGUUGAUCUGUUUAUAAAUAAAAGGAUACCAAGUUC